UCUCUGUGUCAUUGUCGCUCCUUGCCUCAGGCGCACACCAGACCACUUCUUUCCUAACUGGAAAACUCUUCUACGAUCCCGUCCACACCUCCAGGAUAAUGUCCCCCUGCUCUCAUGUGGCUGUGGUCCUCUGUCUCCUGCAAGUCCUCUGCAUCACUGCAGACAUAGACAGCGGCUCCUUCCUGAUCUUCAACGAGAACCACAACAAGUGCAUAAAGGUGGAGAGCGCCACGUCAGUGACGGUGGCCCCCUGUGAUCCUCAUGCCAAAAACCAGCAGUUUCGAUGGGCCUCCGAAUCGCGCAUCCUCAGUUUGUCCCUCAAGCUCUGUCUGGGGGCCACACAGAUUAAAGACUGGGUGAAGGUGCUCCUCUUUGAAUGCGACGAGAGCAGCAACCUCCAACACUGGCAGUGCAAGAAUGAGACCCUCUUUGGCCUUAAAAACCAGGACCUGCACUUGAACUGGGGCAACCACAAUGAGAGGAACGUAAUGAUCUACAAGGGCUUAGGGCUGUGGAGUCGCUGGAGGAUAUUUGGCACACGGGGGGACCUUUGUUCAAAGGGUUUUCAAGAGGUUUUCACGAUAGGGGGCAAUGCUUUUGGAGGACCCUGUCAGUUCCCAUUUAAGUUUUCCGAGAAGUGGUACGCUGAAUGCACAAAGGACGGCCGCACAGAUGGACAGCUGUGGUGUGCAACAGAGAGAGAUUACGACACAGCAAAGAAAUGGGGCUUUUGCCCCAAUGCAGCAUCCUCAGGUUGGGACAACGACCCGGUGACGGGGGUUCAGUAUCAGAGGAACUCGGGGUCAGUGUUGACGUGGUUCCAGGCCAGGAAGAGCUGCCAGCAGCAGGGCGCCGACCUCCUCAGCGUCGUGGAGCUACACGAGCAGUCGUACAUUUCAGGGUUGAUAAACACUUUGGGGACGUCUCUCUGGAUCGGUCUGAACAGCCUGGAUUCUGAGAGUGGAUGGCAGUGGAGCAACGGGAACCCGUUCAGAUAUUUGAACUGGGCUCCAGGUCAUCCGUCGUCAGAGCCCGGACUCACCUGCGCAACCCUCAAUGCUGCCAAAGCCUCAAAAUGGGAGAGCAGCGUGUGCACCAAGAAACUUGGUUACAUUUGUCGCAAAGGAAACUCGACCAGUCUGCCGCCGCCACCAAACAAAGACCAGCCCGGCUUCUGCCCCAGUCACUGGGUUCCGUACGCGGGAAACUGUUACUACCUGCAGAGGAAAAAGGAGAUGUGGAAGGACGCUCUGGCCGCGUGUCACAAGGACGGAGGGGAUUUGGCCAGCAUACACAACAUCGAAGAGCAGAGCUUCAUCGUGUCUCAGUCGGGUUACUUGCCGACAGACGUGCUCUGGAUUGGCUUAAACGACCUGAAGAACCAGCUGCUGUUCGAAUGGUCAGAUCGGUCCCACGUGACCUUCACCCAGUGGCAGAGCGACGAGCCGUCUCACCACAACGGCCUCCAGGAAGACUGCGUCGUCAUCAGGGGAAAGGACGCCAGGUGGGCCGACCACAUGUGUGAGAAGACGUACGGGUACAUCUGCAAGAAGAAGGCCACCAGACCGCCCGAAGGCACCCAAGAGGACGCCAACCCGGGCUGCAAGCUCGGCUCGAUCCGAUUUGGUUCUUAUUGCUACAACAUUGGAUCUGAGAGCAAAACCUCUGACGAGGCAAAGCGGGCGUGCUCAGUGGCUGGUGGUUACCUGGUGGAUGUGGCUGACAGAUACGAGAAUGCCUUCUUAAUCAGUUUGGUGGGUUUGAGGCCAGAGAAGUAUUUCUGGACAGGUUUAUCCAACACAGACAACAUCAACACUUUCAAGUGGAACACCAGAAGAAAAGUCACGUUCACACAUUUCAAUGUGGGCAUGCCAGACCGAAACCAGGGAUGCGUUGCCAUGACAACCGGGGUUGUCGCUGGACUCUGGGACGUCGUCAGCUGCAGCAACAAGGAGAAGUACAUCUGCAAGAAGCCAGCGGAGGGCGUACCUGUGACAACAGUCCCGCCCACCACCCUCGCCCUGAGCUGUGCGCCCGGGUGGACCCCCGCUGGCAAGAGGAGCGUCUGCUUCAAACUUUACAGAAAAUCAACCGCCGAGAAGAAAAGCUGGCAGGAUGCGCAGGACUUCUGCAAGGACAUCGGAGGGCACCUCGUGAGCGUACACAGUGAGGAGGACCUGAACAACGCUCGGUUUCAGUCUGGUGAUCCAGCCUGGAUUGGCCUCAGCUUCCGUACCAAUGCAGCUUUCGAAUGGGCCGACGGGUCACCUUUUGGCUUUUCGAACUGGGACUUUGGGGAGCCAAACAACCACAAUGACAACGAACACUGUGCGGAAGUUCACUUUUACUACGGACGGCACUGGAAUGAUGCGUUCUGUGAGAACUACAAGGACUGGAUUUGCCAGAUAGGCAAAGGUGUGACUCCCAAACCUGAGCCCGUCCAUGUUGAAAUAGUGUACAACACCACCGAGGACGGGUGGUUUAUAUACAAUGACACACAGUAUUUUAUUAACAAGGACAUGCUGGACAUGGAAUCUGCUCGAGCCGUCUGUAGGAAGAGCUUUGGUGAUCUCGUUGUCAUCACAGGGGAGAGUGAGAGGAAGUUCCUCUGGAAACUGAUAGUAAAGGCCGCCGACGGGCAGUACUACAUCGGCAUGAACGUGAAUUUGGAUAAAUCGUUCAGCUGGAUGGAUGGAACACCAGUAUCAUUCACCUCAUGGGAAAAUAAUGAGCCCAACUUUGCUAAUAAUGACGAAAACUGCGUGACUAUGUACAGAAACUCGGGACGCUGGAAUGACAUUAACUGCGGCGCGGAGCAUCCUUCCAUUUGCAAAAGAACCAGCAACUUUAUCAAUGCAACAAUGGCUCCGACCCUUCUUCCUAAAGGAGGAUGUCCACCGGAUUGGCUCGUGUUCCAAGGAAAGUGCUACAAAAUCAUGGUGGGGGACGACAACAAGAACUGGCGGGAUGCCAGGAAGUACUGCAUAGACCAGGGAGGAAACCUGGUUUCCAUCACCAAGGAGAAAGAGCAAGCAUUCCUGACAACGCAGAUGCUGAGAUACAAUAACGACCUGUGGAUCGGCUUGAACGACAUCAACUGGGAGAAGCACUUCAUGUGGACGGACGGCAAAAGGAUUUCAUACACCAACUGGGCGAAGGGGCAACCGGCGACGUCGGUUGAGUGGCGUUAUGCAUUCGAGAUGGAGACGUUUGACUGUGUGAUCAUUGUGGGAGGCAACUCCAAAUUCACCGGAUCGUGGAAGGUGGGAGACUGUGAAUCCAAACAGGGCUUCAUCUGCAAAAGAAAUACUGACUCUCAGAUUGCAAACCCGGCCACAACUGUGUUACCGAAGGCUUUCCAGAAACUCGGCAAUGACUCCUACAAGCUGGUGACCCUGAAGAUGGAAUGGGACGAGGCGAGGAGGCAGUGCCUGGCAGACGAUGCAGAUCUGGCCAGUAUCCUGAACCCUGUCGACCAGGCGUACCUCACCUUUCAGACAUCCAAGCACAAUGAGCCUGUGUGGAUCGGCCUCAACAGCAAUGAGACCGGUGGGCGUUUCAAGUGGGUUGAUAACUGGAACCUCAUUUAUACAAAAUGGGGCACAAAUGAGCCUAAAAACAACUAUGGCUGCGUGUAUAUGGAUGUGGACAAAACAUGGAAGACUGCACCAUGUACCAACAACUACUAUUCCAUUUGCAAGAGGUCCCCAGUCGUAGCGCCCACUGAGCACCCACAAAUGCCCGGUGACUGUCCAGAACCAAAGAGAGAAAUAACCUGGAUACCCUUCAGAGGCCAUUGUUAUUCCUUCAGGAGCUCAGUGGUGGACAAAUGGGCCCUUGCCUCAGUUGAAUGUCUGAAAAUGGGUGCCUCUCUGGUGAGUAUUGAGGAUCCUCAGGAGAGUCUGUUCAUAGAACAGAACCUGGAGCUCCUGCACGACGAAGUCAAGACCUUCUGGAUCGGCCUCUACAAGACUUACGAAGGCGGGUGGAUGUGGAUCGAUAGCAAUGCUGUGGACUACGUCAACUGGAAAUCAGGAAUGCCAAACUCUGGUUCAUGUGUGUUCAUCAACUCUGAGGAUGGAAAGUGGGCCACGCAUAACUGCGACAGAUAUAAGUCUUACAUCUGCAAAACAGCUAAAGUUAUUACACCUACAGAAAAACCACCAUCUGUUGCCCAAGUCGUCAAAGAAGCUUCCCACGGGUCAGCCGGCAUCACCGUCGCCGUGGUGCUGGCUGUCAUCGCCGUGGUCGGCCUUGGUGCCUUCCUCCUCUUCCGCGGACGGACGCCCCUCCCUGUUCUGGGAGAAAGCACCUUCGACAACAAGUUAUACUUCAACAAUCCCAUUCGAGCUCUCGUGGACACCAAGGGUUUGGUGUCCAAUAUGGAGCAGAAUGAGCAGGCGUAAAAGGACGUAAGGAUAAGUGGCUAUGGUUUCAUUCUUCAUUUGGGUUCAAGCAAACACUGUGAUACUUUCCAUUUAAAGACAGUUGGAUCAUGUUAAUGAUCCCUAAUCAGUAUAUAAUAAAUCCUACAAGCACUGACAUUGCACUUAGUGAACUAGGGACAAGAUAAUAUGUGAACGAUCCAAAACAAAUACUUCAUGAUUAUGUGAUGUGUGAAAUCUGUACAGUUUAUUUUUAUUUUUAUCAAUCAAGAUAAUGAAGAGCAUUUGAAGACCAAACACUGAUUAGGAAUCGUAACGAGUGAAGAUGUUUUAUUAGUACAAUUAUCAGAUUGUCUCUGCCUAUUUAUGCUUCACAACUUGUAAAUAAAUUCUGAAUUAAAAAAAUGCAUAUACAGAACAGAAUCUUUGUCUUUUUAGCACUUUUCUCUUUUUAAAACCAGCCAACAAAUUUUAACCAUAAU